AUGUCGUCAAAGCUAAAGGGAAAAGUCAUCAUCGUGACUGGAGGCGGACAUGGAUUCGGAGAGGCAAUGGCAAAGCAGUUCGCCGAAGAAGGCGCUCAAGUAGUGAUAGCCGAUAUCAACCCAAAGACAGGAGCCAAAGUCGAAAGCGAGAUCAACGAUAGCCAUGGACCCAAAACAGCACUGUUCCAGGAGACCAACGUCACCAGCCAAUCUUCUUGGGAGAAGCUCCUUGAGGCCACGCUCGGCGCGUUUGAUAAGGUCGAUGUUGUGAUUAACAAUGCUGGAACUACUUACCCAAAGAAAGAAUCUCACACUGUCACCGAGGAAGAGUUUGACAAGGUGAUCAAUGUCAACAUGAAAUCCAUCUUUAUGAGCGUUGCAGUGGUCGUCCCUUACUUUAUGAAGCAAAAGGCUGGAUCGAUUGUGAAUAUCAGCUCUGUGGGAGGCAUCCGAGUCAAGAAUGGACUGGUUUGGUAUGGUGGCACGAAGGCGUUUGUGAACAAGAUCACAGAGGGCCUUGCCUCUGAAUAUGGGCACUCUGGAAUUCGGGUGAACGCCAUUUGCCCAAUCCUGGCAUAUACCGACUUAGCACAGUCGUUCAUGGGUGUUGACGACACACCAGAGAACCGAGCAAAAUUUGAAGCUUCGUUUCCCCGAGGAGAAGCGCUGAAGCACAAUACCUCCUUAGGUUAUGUUGCGAACGCAGCUGUAUAUCUAUGCUCGGACGAUGCCGCCUUCGUUUCGGGGAUUUGCAUGCCUAUUGACGGGGCGGCCACUGUCUAUGCUGCUGGAGUUGGCAAGUAG